CCAGGUGCUCAUCGCCACGACGCAGCAGCUAGUGUACAUGAUGGGAAACGCCACAAGUGCCAUCAUGGACCUCGCCAACAAUACAAACACGACGGGUCAGCCCGUAAGUGAGGGAGGGAAAGACCGAAUAACCUUUGCUUUUGCUAUCAGUCCCACUUCUUCUUCGCCGGCCCUACGCGGGGAACGCGGUUCCCUUUCACCUUGGACCCGCAGCAACUCGCCGGCGUGCGCACGGAAGCCGAUCUUCGACGUGCCGUGGCAGACCACCUGCACCGCGAGUACGGCGGUGCGGUUGGGGCGGUGCAAGGGAGGAGCGCAGAGGACUACGAGCUUGAACUCGACUUCAACCAGUUCGACCGGAGGGGCUUGUCGGCCGAGGAUCCGUGACGCAAAGAGUACACGCGCACCAAGGACACGCAUGUGUGUGUGGCUGUGUAAACAGGUCCUCCGCCAGUUCCGCGGGGUGCCGGUGUGGGCGACCCGAACAGCACAGGUAUAACCGGAUCAACCUUGUUUCUUUGCUGUUGCUAUGCAGGUAGCCGCUCAAGAACACACGCAUCUAUGGGGGACGCAUCUCCUGCCAGGGUGGACUUGUCGACAGGUAUGUAUGCACAUGGGUUCUCACCACGAAUGCGCGUGCUGUCUCCAUUACGUUGGUGUAGUUGUGUUUGGUGUGCACGGAGUUCGCAGCACGCGGCAAAGAGCUCGACGUCAGGCUCGAGCGGGCAGUUCGGGUGGAUAAAGUCUGAUC